CGGCAGAGGAGGAUUCUCAGACGAACCGCCGCUCCGCCCACCCGUCCCCGGCGCGCCGCAGGAAGCCCUACCCCUCGUCUCCGACGCCGGCUUCGUUUCAGCCCACGUCCUCCCCGCAUUCGAGUCCCCCAGCUGGCCGCGGUUCGCCCUUCAUCUUUCUCCCUCGGACUGUUCGCUCUUUUCUUUUCGUUCCGUAAGCGACGCUUUCCUUCCAGAGAUGGAAGCGGCGAAGAAGUGGCGGGUGAGCGCGGGGGAAACUGAGGCCUGGAUGGACAGAGCUGUACAUAUGGCUAAAGAUGCACUUAAGAAUGGUGAAGUACCUGUUGGUUGCCUCAUGGUCUACAAUAAUGAGAUUGUGGGAAAAGGAAGGAAUGAAGUUAACGAAACGAAAAAUGCUACUCGCCAUGCAGAAAUGGUAGCAAUUGAUCAGGUCUUGGACUGGUGUCAACAGCACAAGAAGAAACCUGAAGAGGUUUUUACCCACACAGUAUUAUAUGUCACAGUUGAGCCCUGUAUUAUGUGCGCAGCUGCUCUUCGAAUGAUGAAAAUCCCAUUGGUUGUGUACGGUUGCCAAAAUGAACGGUUUGGAGGCUGUGGCUCAGUUCUGAAUAUCUCUUCUGCUACCUUAACAGAUACAGGGGAACCAUUUCAAGUAAUAAAGCAAGUCAAAACUACAAAAACAAAACAACCCAUAUGACUGUUUAAUCAUCAGAGCUCUCUGGGUCAAGGGAGGACAGCUGAAGAGUAUUCACAAGAGUUCCUCAGCUGAGACCUCAUAAUGGCUUAACUCAGCAGUGGUAGCUUCUAGUGGAGAUAAUCUCUACAGAACAAAGGGAUUCCAACCGAUCUGUGGGAGGACAUUGACUGAUUUUGGGGACUGAUCAGGAUCAGACCUGGGUGGGACAUCACCUGGAAAUUUUGGCUAGAUUUUGAAGUCUCUUUCCCCCCUCCCCUUCAAAAAAAGAAAGAAAGAAAGAAAAAACCCACAGAGUGAUAGUGGCAAUAAUUUCCAUACUGUUGUCAAGAAAAUGUCUUGUAAUCCUUUACCAGGAUAUAAGCUUGGCUCAAGGAACCUUUACUUUCAGUAGUAGCAGCUAACAUUGUACACCUAUUUUUAAUAUUAAUAGAAACCCCUACUCCAUCUACACCCACCCUCUUUUUAUAUCACUGUGCUUCCAUAAUGCAAUUACAUAACAAUUAAUAGACAAUUCAAUAUUCAUGCAAACACUGAGGCAUAAAGUAGCAGGAUGAUAGAUCUAGCAGAACUAUGCUGGAAAAAGCCAAGGAAUUUCGUGACAGAAGCAGAGAUACGGAAAACCCUAAUUUUUUGUUUCCCUCUAGUGGUCAAGUGAGAUCUGGUAACCCUAGAGAACAUAACUUGUGAGUUGUUAAUUUGGGAAAAGAGGAACAGUAAAAUGCAUCUCGCAUAUUUCUUCUCCUGAAUCCUCCGAUGUUCAGCUGAUUUGUGACUUUAUGGUAGCCUUCUAAAAACAAUUUGUACAGUGUAAUGGACAACAUCUGAAAUAUAUUUACAUAGGACUUAUCUGAAAAAAGGAGAUAAAUAGAUAAUUGAUCAGCUCUUGCCAGUGCUGAUCACCUAUUGAGGCGGAAGAGUGGAAUAUUUGAUUUUAGACGUUCUUGGCAGAUUUGCUCACUGAUGCAAAAUGCUGAUACCCAAUAGGAUGUCAGUAAUGUUUAAUCUUGAUCUUCGUAGAACACUCUCUGUCAUAUUAUAUUGGAAAUUGACCAAAAGUUCAAUAUCCAUAUUUUAAUAUAGGCUUUUUGCAACAAACAGCAUUAUCCUGGAAAACAACUGAAAAUAUAAAUGCAUGGAUUUAUUCAUGUAAGUCAUCAGGAGCUGAGCUCCAUUUAAAGACAAUUUUGCUUACUCCUGUUAUAUUGUUUUAAUUUAUAUCAUCUGUUUGCAUUUCAUGUAUAUUUUUCUAGUGGCUUACAAAUUCUGUUCUAGGGAAUGGUGGGUUCUUUGAGGAUUAAUCAGAUAGUCCUCAAGGAUAUAUUCAGUAUAAGUAGUGUUCAAUUUACAACCACAAUUGGGAUUAGAAUUUCCAAUUGUUAAGCACCCAAAUUUUGAUCAAAUGACCAUAUGGAUGCUCUGACACUUAUAACUGCAAGGACUCAUUUUUUUCUGUGCCACUGUAACUUCGAACUAACUGCAAAAAAAAAAAAAAAAUCUAGAAAUUGUAAUACUGCAAAAAAAAUCUAGAACAUCAUGUUUGGGUGCUGUUUGUUUUCUGCAGUACUCUAGCCCUAAGGUUCAUAAGUGUUAUCAUGAAGUCUAGAUGCAUCCAUAUAAACAGAACAUAUACAUCAGACCAUGUCAAAAUAGGUGCAGCAGUGUAGAAACUUAAACUGAUGUGCCUAGAUAGAACUCCUUGGCAGAAAUUUUGUAACUAGAGAGUUGUAGUCCAAUGAAUUUGGAGAGCAUUAGAUUAAGGAAGGAUGUUUCUGAGUAUUAAUUCAGAGCAUAUAAGAUAUUGCAAUGGUUAUUUACAUAUGUUGCUUUGUCAUUAGGGAACUGACCUCAAAAGUAGCAAACAAGUACACUUAUUGGGGAUAAUUGCAGGCAAUGAAUUUCAGUUACAUAGACACACUUCCAUAAUUUCCUUUCUGUACACAGCUUGCCUGCACAACUAGUAUCGUCUUAAAAUGCUGCCUUGAAUUGUGGAAAGUCCUAAAAAAAAGAUAUGGAGUCCUUAAAAAAGAUAUUCAAGAACAGAUAGUAUUAAGAAUGAUUCUUCAUUGUUCCAAGAUUCCAUGAGAAGAUCAGAAUGCCAAUGGAUAGGCAAGGAAGGGAUACUCCUAUACUCCUGAAAGGUUUGUAUUAAUUCUUGAAAAAAAAAAAAGAGCUCACUUUCCAGCCACAAAUAUUUUUGGAAAAAAAAAAAAGACUUUGAAACAUCUGACUUACAGUAACCUUCUGAAGGGCUGGAACAUUUCCAUGGCAACUCAGACAAGAUGAAAAUGGCUAUUAGUUCUUCAUCUGCCUGAAAAUCUUGAGUCAAAUGGAGCUCAGCCAGGUCUUGUGGAGAGCUCAGUAAUUGAGCCAGUUCUAUCCUCUGUAGUGCCAAAUAGAAAAUUUCAGGUUGAUCAUCUCAACUUUAGAAUUUCCAAGGUGAUGUUAUUUGUCUCCAUUUAAGCCAGAUUCUUGAUGUUCUGUUAAUUCCAUUAUUAUGUGCAUGGAUAAUACAUUUCUUGUGCCAAACCAUAUAUUGUGGAACUAACAUCUCAUAAAAUUGUCUUCCGGUUUUGAAAUGAAUAGCAUUCAUUCAGCAGAUGGGAGUAAGGUCUAAAGAGUUCCUGAAAGCUGUUAUUUUCCCAGGGAAGAUAAUAAAACAGUCUAUUUGAAAAAAAAA